AUGGAAAAUAAAACACUUUCCACACUUUCCAUUUCCUUCCAAUCCAUUCCUCUCAAUGAUUUAAAAACAUUCACUUCUUCAACUCAUCAAAAUAAUUCAUCAUCAUCCUCACCAUCAUCAUCAUUAAAUAAUAAUAAUAAAUUAUUUGAUGAUCAUCGGAAUAAACAAUCAAAAAAAUCAUCCAAUAGAAAUUCAUCCUCUUCAUCAUCAUCAUCAUUCAACAAUAAAAGUACUACUACUAAUAAUGUUAAUAAUAAUAAUAAUAGUGAUGAUAUUACUGAUUGGAGUAAAACAGAUAUACCACCUCCAUUAUCAGGACAUGCUUCAUGUGUAUUAGAUUGUCUGAUAUCAUCAUCUAAUAACAUCGAUGAUAAUGAAAGUAUUAUUGCAUUUAUGGGAGGUAUUAGUAUUGGAUUUAAGAGAAUUAAUAAUGUUUGGUUAUUUUCUCCUAAAACAUACAUGAUUAGAAAAUUUGAUUUUAUAGAUCCAGGUGCAAUUGUUGAAUUUACAAAUGUUGCCAAUUUUAUAAAAUCUAAUAAUAGAAAAGAUGAAUUAACCUAUUUACAUACUUAUUUAAAUAAUUUAAUGAAUCAAAUUUUGAGACAAGAUUCACUUUCUAAUGAAAGUUUGGAAGUUUCUUUAAAAUUAUUUCUAAAAAAGAAAAUUGGAAAAUUACCAAAUAUGGAAAAUGUAAAUCAAUCUAAAAAAUUAAAUUUGGAAAUAAUAUUUAAAAAUUAUCAAACUAAAAUGGUUGAAUUUUUAAAGAAAAUAUCAAAUUUAAUAUUUGAAGAAUUAAACCAAUUAAAGAAAAAUAUUCCAAAUAUAGUAAAAUCACCAACACAUUGCCUAAAAUAUUUAUUUCCAAUUCCAAGAGAACGUCAUGGAAUGUGUACAAUUCCAGAAAGUAAAUUUAUUUUAAUAUUUGGUGGAAUUGCAGAUAAAAAAAUUCGAUUAAACGAUGUUUGGUUUCUAAAUUUGGAAACUAUGACUUGGCAUGAAGGUAAAUUAAAAGGUUAUUACAAACCAUCUAAUUCAUCUCAUUCAUCUCAUUCACAAUCAUCACAAUCAUCAUCAUCUACUAUUGAACAAGAAGAUAAUGAAUAUUAUUCACUAUUUAAAAAUUCACAAUACUCAACUUGGAUUCCAACAUUUACAGAUUCACAUAAUUUCAUGAUUAAAGAUGGUUUUACAAUGAAUUUAGGAAUUAAAAUACCAACAGCAAGAUAUUAUCAUUCUCUAACACCUAUUAGUAAUAAUUCAAUAUUAUUAUAUGGUGGAUAUGAUGGUUCAUUUAGAAAUGAUAUGUGGUUAUUAAAUAUUUUAGAUUAUAAGAAUUUUAUAUUUGAAUGGAAAAAAAUUGAAUAUCAAAAUAUUAAUAAUACUUCUAAUAAUACUUCUAAUAAUGGUAAUAUUUCUAAUAAUAAUAAUAUACCACUUCCUAGAUAUAAUCAUUGGUGUGGAUUAGUUAAAGAUAAAAUUCUAUUAUUUGGUGGAGUUUUAGAAAAGGGAAUUCAAACCAAUGAUUUAUGGUUAUUUGAUAUUGAUUCCUAUAGAUGGAAGAAUUUAUUACCUGAUAGAGAUCCAUCGGAGGAUUAUCCUGAAAGGAGAAGUGAUCAUAAAUGUGUUGUUUUGGGUAAAUUUCUAAUACUAGUAGGAGGUGUUUAUAAAAAACUUUAUUUAAAUAAUACUUUUGUAUUGGAUUUGGAAACUUUACAAUGGAAAAAAUUUAAUAAUACCUUCAAUACUACCAUAAAUGGUAAUAUGAGUGAUAAUAAUAAUGAAAUAAUGAAUGAUAAAAGAAAUUCACUACCUGCGCGUAUUGGAUUUAUCAUUCAACCAAUUUCUAAUAGUGGUAAAGCAUUAAUAUUUGGUGGAAUUGUUGAUAAAGAUAAAUUAGUUGCUAGAGCUAAUGAUAUGUGGUUAUUAGAAACUAAUUUAAAUGAAAAUUCAAUUAGUGAUUUGCGUAAAGUUUCCUUUUUAAAUGAAACAAGAGUUGGAAAUUAUGUAAUUGAAAGAUUAUUAGGAAGAGGUGGACAAGCAUGCGUAUUUCUGGUGAGAGAUGAAAAUGCAUCUGUAACUUCUUCCUUAUUAAAUAAUAAUUCUAUUCAUUCUAAUAAUAAUAAUAAUAAUGGAAAUAUUUCUACAAGUAAAUAUUAUGCACUUAAAAGGAUGGAUAUAAUAUUUAAUGAUAAUGUUGGUAGAAACAAAUCAGUUGCAUCUGAUAGUGUAUUUAAUGAAAUUUUAAUUCUACAACAAUUGAAACAUGUUAACAUUUUACCUACUUUAUCAUUUUUUAUUGAAAAACGAAUGAUGAUGAUUAAUCAGGAAAAACAACAUGAUAAUAAUACUAAUAGUGGUGGUGAUAAUAAUAAUGAAAUGGUAUCACUUGUAUUGAAUAUUAUAAUGCCAUAUUGUGAAUCAGGUGAUUUAAGCAUGUUCUAUGUUAGGAAAGUUAAUUAUUGGAAUAAAAUUGGAAAUUGGAAUGAAUUGGAAAUAAUUGAAUGGUUAAUUCAAAUAGCAUUAGCAUUGGAAUAUAUACAUGAGAGAAAUAUUAUACAUCGAGAUUUAAAACCAUCAAAUAUUUUUGUAACAUUUGAAAAUUCAAAUAAUACUAAUAAUAAUAAUACUAAUUAUAGUAAUGAUAUGAAACCAAUUAUGAAAUUAAGUGAUUUUGGAUUAGCUAAAAAUGUUCAAAGUUCACUUGCAAGAACAGCAUGUGGUACAAUGUUAUAUUUAGCUCCUGAAAUUUAUAAUGAAGAUUCGUAUAGUGAAAAAGUUGAUAUUUGGUCAUUUGGAUGUAUUGUCGCAUUCAUGUUAUAUUCAGGUCAAUUAAAAAUUGAUUUUAAAAUUCCAACUAAUAAGAAGAAAAUUUCAGAUUAUUUAAAACCAAAUGAAAAAGUAACAAAUGUUCAAAAAUUAAUUGGAAAAGAUGAAUAUUUACAAAUUUUAUUUGAUUGUGUGGAAAUUGAACCUGAAAAGAGACCAAGUGCAUCUCAAAUUGUUAACAAGUUAAAUAAUUUAAAAGAAAGAGUUGAAAAUAUAUUGAAUGAUAAAUUAGAAACUAUUAAAAUUAAUGCAAUGAAUAAUAAUCAUGAUAAUAAUAUUGAUAAUAAUAAUGUAAAUAAUAGUAGUAAUGUAAAUAAUGAUCAAAAUGUACAAAUUGUGAAUAAUUCUCAAGUUGUAGAAUCAUCCAAUAAUAGUAAUAUUAAUAAUAAUGAUGAAAAUGAUGUUAUUGCUAUGAUGAAUCAGAAUAAUAGCAAUACUAGCAAUAGUAGCAAUAAUAGUUUAGAAGAAUUAAAGAAUGAACAUGAAGUAUUUGAAAUUGUAAAUGGAUCAGAAGAUGAAAUAUUAUUAUCAGAUGGAUAUUCACAACAAAAUAUUUCAACAUCAGCAGCAGAAGUUAACAAAUUAUCAGAUGAGGAAAAUGAUCAGAAAAAUCAACAACAAUCCAGAUCAUCUUUAUCAACAUUUGAAAAUAGUGAGGAGAAUAUAUGGAUUGAAAUUCAGGCAAUUUUAUUUAAAUUAGAAAAGGAAGGUUUUUUAACAGAGGAACAAGUUGACUCACUAAGUUUAUUUGUUAUUAAUAAUCAUGUGGGAAUUAAGAGAUUUUAUUUGGCAGUUGUGAAGAAUUGUGAAGGAGGAGGUGAGGAAUUGCUUGAAUUUAAGGAGGAAAUGGCAAGACAAUGCAAAAGAUUCCUAAAGAUUGUUAAAUAA